GGGAAGGGUAUACCGCUCUCUCGCUGUGACUUCAUGUAUGAGUGUCCUACCUAAACUAAGUCUAUUAACAUUUAUUCACGAUAAAUAACAUAAAGUGAAAUAAGAACUUUUAUAAGUGUCAGAUUAGACCUUAAAAGUGACGUAUUAUACCGAGUAUUUUGUGAAGAAGAAAAAAAAAACCUGUGGAUGCCUACACGAAGAUUAACCCCCUAGCGAAAUGUUUUAAAUUUAUAAGAGGAAGAGGAGGAGGAAGUGGAGGCAUGAUGCACCCAGCCACAGAAGCCCCAUCAGCGCCUCCUUCAAGAUUCACCUCGUUAAGGAUGUCAUAGUCGACGCAGGUGCAAUUGGUUUUCCUCCUUCAGAAAAAAUCCGACCAAUCACCACACUGUUUUGUAACAAGUGACGUUAGAACCAUGGCAAUGACGUCAAGACCGUAGUAAUGCAUCUGGUGACUAGUCAAUCUUGGAGGGGACACCAUGUCGUUAUAUAGACAAAGUAGUUCGCAGUAGUUAAGGCCCUGGAGUCAUUAACCCUGACGAGGAAUUUGGGUUUAAUUACUCACUAUGGAUGCUAGUAAUGAAUUCAAGGUGUAUCUCUCUAAUGGGUCGUCCUCAAAGGGGAAGAAGAAUGAGGGGGAAGGAACGGGAGUCAGACAGAGACUCGUCCCUGUGAUAAACAAAGUCUUCUCACCUUCACACUUCAUGUUGGCUCAGAGGAAGACAACGGUGUAUAAAGCGAUCUCGGGCGUGUCGUUCCAAGAUAUUGACGUGGGAGGAAAGAAGAAAACAAGUGGUAAAAGAGAUAAAGACAAGAAGAAAAGUGAGAAGAAAGAUCAGAUAUAUACGCCAGGGAGUGAAGGAGAAAGAUCCUUAGUGAGUAGUAAGAGUGACAGAUCUGUGUUAAGUGGCAGAGGAGAUGGUAAGAAGCAUCGUCAUAGUCUAGGUAGCCAUAGUGACCGGCCUACAACUUUCCUCAGCGAGAAUCUGGAAAAGUUGGGGUUUUCUUCGAGCGAUAAGAAGAACCGGUUGAGGUCAGCCUCCAGAUCGCGGAGUGUAAGUGCCACUGAUAACCUCUACCUCUCCCAAGUUGGUGAGGUCAAGGUGGAAGAGCCGCCGGAAAAACCACGAAGAUCGAGGUCCGCUUCACGCCCUCGUAAGUCCGCGGCGUCGAAGAUCCCGUUACCGACAAGUGGGAAGGUAAACAGAGGCAACGCAUCGGCUAUCGGCAAUCCUGUUGACGGCCAGAAACAAGAGAACGACCAAACCAAAGACGAAGAGAAAACGGCCAAUGAUAAACCAGAAGAGAAGAAACAAGAAAGAGGAGAAAACGACUGUGAAAUAAACGAUAAAGACGCAUACUGCCGAUCACGAGGAAGACGAAAAUCGGCCAAAAUCGGGGAGUUUGAUCAUGGUGAAGGUAGAGACAAGAUAAAAACCGAUAAUAGAGAGAGAGAUAAUGAGAAAGACGACGAAGAUGAACCAGAGGGAGGGUACUACAGCCUUGAGAAAGCAGAGAAAGGGACUGGUGAGAUCAGGUUUAUAUACGAGGCCCGACCCGCCACUGAGGAGUACUUGGAGAACGACCAGUGUGUGGAAGCUAUCUACGUAUGUCAGGUGUUUAGAAAGGCCUUGGAGGAGGAGGAGGAUGAUGAACACACGUACGAGAACUACCAGGUAAUUAGGAUGACUAAGGAUGGGAAAGUAAUCACAGAUGAUGAUGAAAAUUAUGAGAAUUAUCAGGUAAUUAGGAGAGUUAAAGAACAAGAGCUUCAAGGUGUCCCAGUAAAGGUUUCAGAAACUACUAAAGAGGAUGAAGACUUGUAUGAAUCUAUCAAUUUCGUGGGGCAGAAUCCCUUGGCACUGACACGUAUGACGGCUACCCAAGCGAGACUUAAGAGGAAGACGAAAGAGAAUGAAAGGCCUUUAGGUUCCACUGAUUCGAUUCCAUUUAUUGACGAUAGUGAUAACUCGGCGGAUGAGAUCGAACGCAGGAAUCCCGCGUGUCAGAGUUCAACGUCACCGAGUAGCAUCACCAUUAUCACCAUCACACAAGACGAGAAUAUGAAGUUUAAACAGAAUUUAAGUCAUCCGCGAACAAGGCUACCGGUGCUUCGAUCACAAGACGAAGGUAUUACGCUGACGGUACAGGAAGCAAAGUGUGAUUGUGACCCAGUGGAGGAUAGAGUUGAUGAGACAGACACAGGUGUUAGUGAGAAACCCAAGAUGUCUUCAGAUGCACCUAAGCGUCCGACGAGGUAUUCCUAUCCUUCGGCGUCUCCUUUCGUACCCAAACUGCGCGACAAGAUUGGCCUCAGGUUGUCGAGGUUUUCAUCUACUUCCGAAGAAGGUGGAGGAGGCGCAGGAGGUACCGAGGCCAGGGGUAAAGGCGAGGUGAAGGUGAAGAAGAGUUUGAGUCACAACGACGUACAGAUUCACCUCAAGAAUAAAGGCAGCGUCCAGGUCCUCUCGGAGUCAUUUUCCGACGAUGACAUCAGGCAGAAUGAAGACUUUGAAUCCUUCUCCGAGACAGAUUCUGAUCUUGAUAACUUAGACUACGAGUUAUUUACCCCUAAAUUAGGUAAAUCCGGUGGGCAUAGAUCUCCAACAAAGAUCAAGAAGAAACCGAGAUUAAGAUCGCUCUCUGCAUCGCAUGUGGGUCCCCUUGCGGCCUCAACACCUUGCAGAACCCUCACCAACUCCCCUCACACCCCGGAUAAUCACCACGAAUCACCUAAGACGUUUCAAGAUCUCCUGGGGGAUAAAUAUUUAAACCCUCCAGAGACUGACGGUGAUUCACAGUCGGGUGGUGAUGCCAUCAUGCCAGAGAAACUUACGACACCCUUAAUAAUCAAAGAAAAUAGUGAUGCAACUCUUCGUGGUCCAGGUGAUGUAGUGGUCAGUGCUCAUAGUAUUGGUGGCAACACGGCUCAAGUGGGGGACAGAGUUAUAUUAGAUGAUACACUUUCCUUCACCUGGUCUGACGCUGAGAGUGAAUUCGAGUUUAUUGAUUUUAAUAAAGCCGCGCCCCCGAAGACUUGUGUAGUGUAUCAGGAAGUCACAGUGACGUCUAGUGUCUCGGGAACCACUCCUACUACUGCUACUACUACUACAAGCGGGUCCUCUACCACCGUCAGGACAAAGAAGAAGUCUGGUUCCUCCGUCAAGAGAGCUCAGAGCAUGAAAGUAGUGGGUGAGAGGGUGACCUGCCGGGGUGAAGGGACUCUCCGCUGGGAACCACUUCUAUACGUGUUACCUGAGGGACUCACAGCUACUCAGAGGGGUGGACUCGUGAGAAGUGUGAGCGGCGUUAGUUUCCGUCGCAGUGUUCGUGUUGAAGGAAACAGAUACACAGCAAGCUCGGCAGACACAUCGGAUACAGGUGUCAAGUGUCCUCUAGAUGAUACAGGUAAGAUGGGCUACUUUUUUGGUGAUGGUACUGUUUAUAUUUUUUCCCGUUUGUGUAUUUUACUACGUUGUAACAAGAAUCAAAUUGGAUACGGCUAAGGUAGAACUAUUUUU